UCAGCUGUCAAACCUCUAACGUCAACCCAUUCCUAGUAUUCGAAAUUAAUCAUUACCAAUUUUGCAUAAUAAAUAAAAUAUUAUUAUCGAACGUUUUCCUGAAUCAAUUUGUCUUUCAUAUAUCAAUAAUACAAUAGUGAUCUUGUAUAAGAUUGUCACUUCAUUAUGAACAUGACUUUUGUUGUGAGAAAAUAAAUAAUCGCCUUAAUUGGUCAUAAUGAUCCGCCUAGUUUCAGUCAAAGGAAGGAGAAAGUGUUCAUAAAAUGAGUCAACAUAAGUUCUGGAGAGGUAUAACAACAUUAAAUAUACCCUCUUUGCAACAGGUACCUGAUAAGAUUGUUAAACUUUGUUCUUUGGACACAGAUUUCAUUGUUCUUGGAAGUGACCAUGGCCUUUAUUAUUGCACUGUUUUGGAAGAAAAUUUAAGUUUUAAAAAAAUUAGCGGUAUAUCAGCCAUAGACAUAUCGUACCACAAUGAUAUCUUAUAUAUUAUUGAUGUACAUGGACGCCUCUACAAAACAAACUCUUGUUUUAAAAACAAAGAAGAAAUUGUUGUUAAAGAGGAAUCAAAGUGUUGCCCUCAUGGCUUUAAAAGUACUAGUUUUAAAGUAAAAUUUAGAAAUGUAGUGACAAGUGAUUUUGGGCAACUAUUUAUUAGCAGUGAUGGACAUCUCUGGGGCUCUGGUGUAAUGCCUCAAAUAGCAUUAGAAACUAAUAGUAUUAAGAAAGUCCCAUUCUUUGAGGGAAGGACAGUAUACAGUGCUUCUGUAGGUCAAGAUUUUGCUGCUGUGAUAGCAAGAAAAAAUGUUAGAAACUCUGGCAACUGUGAUACAGAUAGUGAAAAUGAUGAUGAAGAAGUGUUUGCAUCUAAUUGCUCACAAUGUCAAACAAUUAUAGGGCUGGCUUCACCUGCCUCAGUUCCUUCUUUAUCUGAAACUUGUCCCCUCGGAGUACACAUAAGUAAGUCUAGUGAAGAUUCGAGUAGCACAACCGCUCCUCAGACUGAUGUUCAUGUUGAUGCUCAAAGUCUUACAGAAGAUUCAAGUCCUUCUUCUGAAGAGUCCAAAGUCGAAAAACCUGAUGCCAUACAAUAUGUAAAUAAUAAUUUAGAUACAGAUAAUGAAGUACAAGUAGAAAAUGUUGAUGAUGAUGAUGAUAGAGAAAAUACUGAGAAUGAUCAUAAUAAUACAGAAAAAAUAAAUAAUAUAUUUAUUAACACUGACGCUGCAAGACAGUUUUUAAGUAGACAACUGUCUUGGGUAUCGGCAGGGGAAGAUUAUUUAGUAGAAUAUACAGAGAAACCUACAAGAAUAAUUAAAGAAAAUGUUUCCAAUCUUACAAAUUUUGUUUAUGAAGGCGUUAAAACAGUUGGUGACAAAGUAGCUACUUUAUCUAGACAUGUAAGUGGUAGUAGUGACAACAAUGAAACAGUUGAAAUUUUGAACCGUAACUUCAGUGAAGAAGUAAAUUCACUUAUGUACAGCUGUAUUUCUAACAAAUUUGAAGAUCUUCAAUUUUCAACAAGUACAAUUAGUAGUGAAAAAGAGUUUGAGACAGCUAGAAAGAAUGAGAAUCUCAAAAACAUGUCAAAACUUGGUAAAAAUAUAUUAGCAACUGAGCUGUGGACUUGGGGUGACAUAUCACAUGGACAAUUAGGUAUAGGUGAUACGGUAAAGAGAAUCAAACCAAUGAUAGUUAUGAGUUUAUCCGGUUUUGGCUUGCAAAAGGUAUCUUGUGGUAAAUGGCAUUGCAGUGCAUUAACUUUAGAUGGCAGACUUUUUAUGUGGGGCUACAAUCAUUUCAAUCAAGUUAGCUUUGAUACAAGAGAAGAUAAAAGUAGUCCUAAACAAUUUACAGAGAAUUCUGAUAGUGACCGUAUCAGAGACAUGAUAGCUACUGAUAACCACACCCUUGCCUACACACACAAUGAAAACAUUUUCUAUAUGGGUAAACAUCUAGAUGGAUUUACUGACAGUGUUGUAAAUUUAAAUAAGAAAAAUGAUGAAAUUUCUAAUGAAAAGGAUAAAAAUUGUCAAAGCAAUGUCAAUGAAACUCAAAGUCUUGGCAAUAAAGCCGAAAAUUUGUGCUAUCAUUGGAGGGUACUGUCUUCUGGCAACAUUAGUUACUGUUCUGUAGAGAAAUCCACAAUAUGCCCAGAAUUUCAAAACUUGUCUAUUGCUCAAAGAUAUCUAGAAGAAAUGCUUUUAAUAUAUCAUUCACUAGUAAAGCCUUUUCUCAAAAAGAGCAAAGCAAUAACUACACAUUCCAAUGUAUAUGAAACAGUUUGUGAUAUGUUUAGUGACAUAUUAAAUAUAACUGCUUUGAAUGUUCUAUCAACUUGGCAAUAUGCUGAGAAGCACAUAAACGAAUGUGAUAUUUCAUUAAUAAAAAAUUUAGAAGAAUUUAUUUAUUUAUAUAGAAAGUAUUAUAUAAGUAUAAGCAAUUUAAUUGUUAUUGGUGGUUUCGCUCAUAUUAACAAUAUUGUUGAUGUUCCAUCAAGUAUCUAUAAUUUAUUUAGUGAUCAAUUACCUACGAAUAAGCAGAAAAAUAAUAAAAAGACAUUGGAAGCUGUUGUUUCCUUAGCAUUUGUGCAACCAUUGACAAGAUUAAGCUCUUACAAAUGUAUAUCGCAGUCACUAUUACGUCAUAAAACAAAAAGAAAAAAAGCCGAACACAGAGCGAUUGUAGAGGAAAAAAUAGCCAAAGUUGUUUCAUCAUUAGAUAUUCUAAUAGAAGACCAAGACAAGAAAAGAAAAGAAGCCGAUGUGACUAAAUUAUUUUGGGAAACAAUUGGAAAAAGUUUAGAUUUGUAUAGAAUGCCUGAGAGACGAUUGAUCAGGGAAUCAAAAUCACGACCUUUAAAUUUAGUGAAUCCGGGGCGAUUCAGCAGCCAUUGGUUCAUUCUAUUUAAUGAUUUAUUCGUCCAUGUAAGCGGAAGUACACCAAACGUCCAUCCAUUAGAAACAUUAUGGGUUGAAGCCGUCCCAAACAGUGACUCCUUACAAAAUGCAUUACAGCUUACAACUCCAGAAGAAACAAUAUGUGUUACUACUACUUCUGAAGAAGAAAAAACCGAAUGGUUACAUUCUAUAAAUUCAUCGAUUCGAACAGUUUUAAAUAAAGAAUCAACAUUCAAACCUCCAGCUAUUAGGACAGCCAGUUAUACAUUUUCUAAUAAGGCAGCAUUUUACAAAGAUGCCAAAUACAAUGGACGAUGGCUAGAUGGUAAAAUUCAUGGUAGUGGUAAAAUUGAAUGGCCAGAUGGCAAGUUUUACGUUGGACAGUUUCAAAUGAAUGCUCUAUGUGGUCACGGAAAAAUGGAAAUCCCUGGAGUAGGAAUUUAUGAAGGUCAAUGGAAAGACAAUCUGCAAAAUGGCUAUGGUGUUCUGAAAUAUACAUCUGGUGAUAUAUACGAGGGAUACUUUAAAGAUGGUCAACCUCAUGGUCAUGGGAUUAAAAAACAGGGUGAUUUUACUACAUCUACAGCUACAAUAUACACUGGGGAAUGGGUCGUCGGCGUCAGACAUGGCUACGGCGUCAUGGACGAUAUUGGUAAAGGAGAAAAAUACCUUGGUAAUUGGAGCGACAACAAAAAACAUGGCUGUGGUCUUAUUGUGACCUUGGAUGGAAUUUACUAUGAAGGAUUAUUUACGCAGGAUAUAUUGACUGGUCACGGAGUUAUGGUUUUCGAAGAUGGAACUCAUUAUGAGGGCGAGUUCAGAUCAGCCGGCGUAUUUUCAGGAAAGGGUGUGUUGACCUUCUCAAGUGGCGAUAAAAUUGAAGGUUCUCUCAGCGGAGCUUGGACAGAAGGUGUGAAAAUAUCAAAUGGAGUCAUGCACCUAAAUGUGUCUAAUCCUGUUCUUCCAGACAAUUCAAAACCGAACUCAUUUGGCAAAUUAAGUGUAGUACCAAAUCAGAAAUGGAACGCAAUAUUUCGACAAUGUUUUCAAUGCAUGGGUGUAUCUGAAACCGUUCUAACUCCAAACGGUAAUCAUUUAUCGAAUGGUACGUCCGCUGUAACAGAUAACAUGAAAAUAUGGCAAAAUGUCGCAGUUGCCAUAUCUUGUUCUCAUAAAGAGAAACAUUCCAAUCUUUCUGCAAAAAAAUCUAAAGGGUCCGAUUUGGAAAAGUCAGUAGAUUGCUUAGAAGUCAUACCACAGUUUGGUCAGAAAACGCUGGCUUUGAAUGAUUACAUGGAAUUAAAACAAUAUUUAUAUAAUGCUUGUGAAUCCGCACAUCAUCCUCUGGGACAACUCGUCUUAAGUCUAACUAACGCCUUCAACACAACCUAUGGUGGUGUCCGCGUUCAUCCACUUCUGUUAAGUCAUGCUGUCAAAGAAUUGAAAAGCAUUACUUCAAGACUUUACCAAGUUGUUCGACUUUUGUUUCCAGCGUUACCAUCAGAAGGCACAGAUAUUGUGUUGCCUUAUAAGACUAAGGAGGAUCCAGACGAUAAUGAAGAAAGCAAUCCGAUAGAUGGUGAGGUAGUAUCAGCAGCAUCACUAUUGCAGCCGACAUUAUUGCCUAGAGUACAUCCGGCUUUGUUCGUGUUGUACGCCUUGCACAACAAACGAGAGGACGAUCUGUACUGGAGGAGACUCCUCAAAUGGAACAAACAGCCUGACAUAACACUUAUGGCUUUCCUAGGAAUUGACCAAAAAUUUUGGUCAACCAACCAGAACCAUCAAUCUUCCCCACCUUUCUCCCCUAUGAAAGAACAACUGUUCAAUGAAGCCGUGGAGACCCUCCAGCAAUUGAAGACCACCUUUUCCCCCAUAGAAAAACUCCUCGUCAUACGAAGUACUUUCCAAAAAAUGACGACGGCCGUGCAACAGGAAUUAGGUCAGCAUUAUCUAUGGAGUAUGGACGAACUCUUUCCCGUCUUCCAUUUUGUGGUCGUCCGAGCUCGCAUUCUGCAACUCGGUUCCGAAAUACACUUUGUGGAGGAUUUCCUGGAACCUGGUAUGCAGCACGGCGAGUUGGGACUCAUGUUUACAACGUUAAAGGCUUGUUACUUUCAAAUUCUACAAGAGAAGAUGUCUAUCAACUCUUAGUAUAAUUAUUAUAAGUAAAUCGAAUAAAAUAUUGAUCUCGCAAUAAACGUAAGGUGCGCUUUAAGGCAUGGAAUUUCGCUAGAUGAUGCUAUGUGUUCGUGUUUUUGUCGUUUUAAAUGAUAAUAUUCAAAUUUUAAAAAAGUAUUCAAUAUAUAUAUUAUUUAAAUAUAUAGAGUGUUAGUAGUAUUUGGUCCUACAGUUGUAAGUCGCAACUUGGUCUAACUAUAUUUUGAUACUAAUUGAAUAGAAUACAGCAGAAACGACUCAUUCAUUUAGCGCAUAGACAAGAAUACAUUAUUAAUUAGAUUGUCAAUACGUUCCUACUCAAGGGAUGAGAUUUUCUGUAACAAACAUAAUUAAAGUGACUCAAAUCGACAGAGCGUAUUGGAAGCGUAUAAUGAGUCCACCUGUCUAUAAGAAAUAGUAUUUGAAGACUAUUUUAAUAAUGUGGACAAUUAUAUAGAUGCCAUAUUUUUUGUUAAAUAUAUAACAUGCUAUUUAGCAACAUCCUUGUUAUAAUUAGGUGUUUUGAAAUAAAUACUAUGUUUGAAGUCACGCGAAACUACGCGCGCCCAACAUAUGUGUAUAUAUUUGAACAAACUUUAAAGAAAGAGCAAUGUUUGACCCACCUUCGUAAACUUUUCAAUAGCAACUAAUUAUUUGUUAUAUUUUAAUUAAUGUUGUUAUUUAUUGAAUAACAAAUCUUUAUUGGUCGGAACUUUUUAAUUCCAAAAAUAAAAGAAAUUCUUGCAAACUUAAUGAAAUUUUAUUCAAACCUAAAUGAAAAAGAUUUUCAUAUAUUUGAAAUGAUGACAACUUUUAAGUUUUG